CCUGCUCUCGCUGCCUCGUUGUAGUCGAGGACCUGCUCGCCUCUCGGCCCCUUUCCAAAGCGACCGGCUCCGACGGGAAGCAGAUGCCGACGGGAUCUCCGGCGAGCGAGGCGCGCGCUCGGCUCCUCUCGGCCCGAGCAGCUUGCCCAGGUGUUUUCCAAAGAUUGUAGACUGAACCUACCCAGAAGCAAUUUUUACCAAGACGACAUGAUGCUUGAGAUGAUGGAACAAAUGGGAGAAAGCUUAUGGAUUUAAAAUUACUGUAUUUAUCCAGUUGUUAUGGUUCAAGAAGUCCUAGAAGAUUAAUUUAUCCUGUUACUAUUUGCACACCUACUAAAAAUUGCUUCUGAUGCAGCUGAGAAAAAUGCAGUCCAUUAAAACGGAACAGGCACCCGCUGAUACAAGUAGCAAUGUGGACAAAAUUAUGGCACUUAAUUCUACAUUAGGAGAUGUAUCUGAUGACCUAGCUACUGGCGAUGAAAUGCUACUCAGUGAAGGAGGCAUUGCGAAAAACAAGUCUUCAGCAUGCCGGAGAAAGCGGGAAUUCAUUCCUGAUGAAAAGAAAGAUGCCAUGUAUUGGGAAAAACGGCGGAAAAAUAAUGAAGCUGCCAAAAGGUCUCGUGAAAAGCGGCGGCUAAACGACCUUGUAUUGGAGAACAAACUAAUUGCACUGGGAGAAGAAAAUGCCACUUUAAAAGCUGAGUUACUUUCACUGAAGCUAAAGUUUGGUUUAAUUAGCUCUUCAGCAUAUGCCCAAGAGGUUCAGAAGCUCAGCAAUUCAGCAGCUGUUUAUUUUCAGGAGUAUCAGAAUGCCAAAUCAAGUAUUAACUCUUUCAUUGAUGAGCAUGAACCACCAAUGGUGGGCAGCAGUUGUAUAUCUGUCAUUAAGCACUCGCCACAAAGCUCUUUAUCCGAUGUGUCUGAAGUGUCAUCAGUAGAUCAUGCUCAAGCGAGCCCGGUACAAAAUAAUUGCAAAAAUCCUGAAAAUAAGUUCCAGCUCAUAAAGCAGGAGCCAAUGGAACUGGAAAACUAUGCAAGGGAUUCGCGAGAUGAAAGAGGCUCCUAUACAACAUCCAUGUAUCCAAAUUUCAUGGGGAGCAACUUUAGUGGCUACUCACAUUCCCCUCCACUGCUGCAAGUUAACAGAUCCUCUAGUAAUUCUCCAAGAACUUCAGAGGCUGAUGAUGGUGUUGUCGGAAAGUCAUCAGAUGGAGAAGAUGAGCAGCAGGUACCUAAAGGCCCAAUCCACUCUCCCGUUGAACUUAAAAGCAAUCAUGCCACAGUUAAAGUCCCAGAGGUGAGCUCUUCUGCACUGCCUCAUAAGCUUAGAAUUAAAGCUAAGGCCAUGCAGAUCAAAGUGGAAUCAUUGGAUAAUGACUAUGAUGCUACCCAGAAACUAACGUCACCAAUUGAUAUGUCAUCUAAAAGGCAUUUUGAACUCGAAAAGCACAAUGUGCAAAAUUUGGUACAUACUUCUCACACUCCUUUCUCUGUCCAAGUGACUAAUAUUCAAGACUGGUCUCUGAAACCAGAGCACUGGCACCAUCAAAAGGAAUUAACUGAAAAAAAUCAGAGUGGUUGUAAAGCUGGAGUGGCUGACAUGAAAGACAAUUCCUACAAAGUGUCCGAGACAGAGAACUUGUAUUUGAAGCAGGGCAUAGCAAAUCUGUCCGCAGAGGUUGCUUCACUUAAAAGACUUAUAACUACACAACACAUCUCUGCUUCAGACUCUGGCUAAACUACUGAAUAAAUGCUUAUUGUUUUAAAGGAUGUCAUUUGCAGUAGAUUGAUAUGUUUUGUAUUAUGCUGAAUUUUCACUGGACUUGUGAUGUCAUUUCACUGUAAUGUUCACAUGAUGUCUGAUGGUGUCUUUUCGUGCACAGAUGACUAUAAAGACUAGAUUGUCAUGAUCACUAUGCCUUGUGUAUAGUUAAGUAGCCUGUGCAAAGGCUGUAUAUAGUGAACAUUAUUUUUCUGUCAUUCUGUUACUAUAAAGUGUGAAAGUUGCCAGUUCCAAUAAACAAUUGGUGACAAGCACAGAA